AGAAAGUCAGAAAAUUCUCCCUUGUACUUGUUCACACUUCUCUAAUCUUCUUCCUCCUCUUCUCCUUCGGAGAGAGAGAGAGAGAGAGAGAGAUUUUCCUUGCUUCUUCUGCUGCUGCUUCUUAAUUAGAGAGAGAGGUUGAGAGAAAUUUUCCUGUCUUAUCCUUCUGCUAUUGCUUUAAAGAGAGAGAUUUUCCUUUAUUCUUCUGCUGUUGAUGCGUUAGAGAGAGAGAGAGAGAGAGAGAGAUGGGUAAUUGCCAAGCAACAGACGCGGCGACGGUGGUGAUACAACACCCACGAGGGAGAGUAGAGAGGUUGUAUUGGCCAGUGACCGCACGGGAUAUCAUGAGAAGUAACCCCGGCUACUACGUUGCCCUCGUCACCUUAUGCCCUUCCCAAACCAACAACGAUCAGGAGAGGCGUGAAAACAACAACAACGGCGUACGUUUCACACGUGUCAAGCUCCUACGUCCCAAGGACAUGCUUAUCCUCGGGAACGUUUAUCGCCUCGUCACAUCUCAAGAGAUUAUGAAAGGACUGUGGGCUAAGAAGUACGGGUGGACAAAGAAAAACCAAUCAGAGCCGUCCAAGCAGCGGCCAAAACAAAACGAAGGCGCAGCUGUCUCAGAACGUGCACCAGAUGGGAACGUGGAACAGCAGCGGCCAAAGGCAAGUGACGAACAAAAACAGGAAGGACAUGGAGCCAAGAUCACACAGCCUGCAGCGAGAUCAGCAUCCCGACAUUGGCGUCCGUCACUACAUAGCAUAUCAGAGGUUAAUCGACUGCCGCAGUCCGACAUUGAUACUUCCUAAGCCCUUCCAUAUUGGAAUUAAGUAUCAUACCACAAUGUUGGCCAUCAUUGCUCAUAAUUCUACAAUUCAGCAAAGCUGAGGCAUUUCGCCUGAGCAGAUACCAAAGAUUGGUUUGUGGCACAAAUGCCAAUCCUCCUCCAAAA